AUGUCUCCCGACAUCAACUCUCUCCCGCCCUCGUCGGCCACAGCCCACGUCGCAAAGGCCUCCGAUGGAUCCAAGCCCAACAUCCUCUACGUCAUGGCCGACCAGCUUGCCGCUCCUCAGCUCCGAAUGUACAACCCCGAGUCGCAGAUCAGGACGCCCAACCUGGACCGCCUCGCCGCCGGUUCCGUCCAGUUCGACUCGGCCUACUGCCCGUCCCCCCUCUGCGCCCCCUCGCGCAUGAGCAUGAUCACGGGGCUGCUGCCCGCCAAGAUUGGCGCCUGGGACAACGCCUCUCAGGUCAACUCGGAGGUGCCCACAUACGCCCAUUACCUCCGCUCCAGGGGCUACGAUACCGCCCUCGCCGGCAAGAUGCACUUUGUCGGUGACCAGCUCCACGGCUACGAGCGGCGCCUGACCAGCGACAUCUACCCGGGCGACUUCGGCUGGGCCGUCAACUGGGACGAGCCUGACACACGCCUCGAGUGGUACCACAACGCCAGCUCCAUCCUUCAGGCCGGGCCCUGCGGCCGCAGCAACCAGCUCGACUACGACGAGGAGGUCAUGUUCAAGAGCACCCAGUACCUAUGGGACCACGUCCGUCAAGGCCCCAACAAGCGGCCUUUUGCCCUGACGGUCUCCCUCACUCACCCACACGAUCCGUACACCAUCACCAAGAAAUACUGGGACCUAUACGAGGAUGUUGACAUCGCCCUGCCCAAGGUCCGCAUUCCCAAGGAGAAGCUCGACACGCACAGCCAGCGCCUGAUGCGCGUCAGUGAUCUCUGGGACCACGACUUGACCGACGACCAGAUCAAGCGAGCCAAGCGGGCCUACUAUGGCUCCGUCAGCUACGUUGACGACUGCAUCGGCAGGCUCCUCGAGACGCUCGCCGAUGCCGGCCUGGCCGACAACACCAUUAUCAUCUUCAGCGGUGACCAUGGCGAUAUGCUCGGCGAGCGAGGGCUCUGGUACAAGAUGAGCUACUUUGAAUCCUCGGUCCGUGUUCCGCUCCUCGUCCACUACCCCAAGUGGUUCGAGCCUCACCGUGUCUCCCGCAACGUCUCGACCCUCGACCUGCUGCCCACCAUCUGCGACCUGAUCGGCACCAAGCCCGCGUCAUACCUCCCCAUGGACGGUAUAAGCAUGAUGCCGCAUCUGCAGGGAAAGGACGGGCACGACACCGUCUUUGCCGAGUAUGCCGGCGAGGGUACCGUCCGACCCAUGAUGAUGAUUCGGCGCGGGCCCUGGAAGUACAUCACCUGCCCGGCAGACGAACCCCAGUUCUACAACUUGGAGAGAGAUCCUCUCGAGUUGGACAACCUGGCUCGCCUGGUCAAAGUACCCCCCCAGACCCCCGAGCAAGAGGAGGCCAAGGCCAUGUUCGAGCAGUACGACGCCGAGGCCAAGGCCAAGUGGGACUUUGACGCCAUCACGGCACAGGUGCUCCAGUCGCAGCGCAGCCGUCGCCUGGUCUGGGACGCUCUCAGGCAGGGCACCUUUACCAGCUGGGACUAUGACCCCAUUGACGAUGGUCGGACCAAAUACAUACGCUCCACAAUCCCCCUUGACGAGCUCGAACGUCGUGCUCGUUAUCCGUUUGUCGAUUCCCACGGCUACACGAUCAACAAGGCCGUCAGCUCAACUCGCGGGUGA